AUGGCGUCCUCCUCCAAACCAUCUCCCUCCCUCCUCUACGCAUGCAUUGCGAAUAAAACAACCAUCCUCGCCGAACACUCUUCUCCAGGCACGUCGUCGAGCUCGGCCUCUUCGUUAGCUUCCAUCAUCCUCCCUAAGAUAUCCCACCAAUCGCCCCAAAAGCUCACCUACACCCAUGACCGCCUAUUCAUACACUACAUAGCCGACUCACCGUCCGCUCCAUCUUCUUCCUCGGGCCCAGAUUCUCAUGCCCCGCUCAGCUACCUUGUCGUUGCCACUGCUGAACUUGGCCGGCGCAUCCCCUUCGCUUUCUUGCUCGAAAUGAAACGCUCAUUCCUUACCACAUACGAACCCGACCGCACCGACUUUGGCACUCUCCCGGCUUAUGGCUGCGCUGCAUUCAAUAAUGACCUUCGCGCGUUGUUGCAGCAGUACAACACCGCGCCACCAUCGGACUCACUCGCAUCCGCGCGAAAGGAAAUCGACAAUGUGCGGGAUAUCAUGACGGAAAACAUUGAACGUGUUUUGGAGCGCGGCGAGCGGAUAGAUUUGCUUGUGGACAAAACGGAUCGGCUGGGAAGCAGUGCCAGAGACUUCAGGGUCCGAAGUCGGGAUUUGCGGAGACGCAUGUGGUGGAAGAACAUAAAGGUUGUGGCGCUGCUAGUCGUGGUGGUGCUGUUUCUAAUAUACCUCUUUGUGGGGAUGGGGUGCGGGCUACCCGCUUGGGGGAAGUGUGUUGGGAAGAAGGUACAGGACAAGAUGGUGCUUUGA